AUCAAUGGACUAUACGUCGAUGUAUAGUAUUCAGAAGAAGUCUCCUGUCUUCUACUCCAUUUCUAUCUCUCCCUACAGAGAAAGACAACAAAAAUUUGUAGUUGCUUCUCAACUGUUUUAAUCACGUUUUAACGUUUAUAAAGUUUAACAAAAGUGAAUUAAAUAAUGGCAUCAAUCAGUUUAUUAAAUCCAAAAGCUGAAGUCGCGAGGGCUGCUCAAGCUUUAGCCGUUAAUAUUUCUGGAGCUAAAGGAAUUCAAGAUGUAAUGAAAACUAACCUCGGUCCGAAGGGGACUAUGAAAAUGCUAGUCUCUGGUGCUGGAGACAUUAAAAUUACUAAGGAUGGAAAUGUUUUAUUGCAUGAAAUGGCAAUUCAACAUCCAACUGCAUCCUUAAUUGCGAGAGCAUCUACUGCUCAAGAUGAUAUGACUGGAGAUGGUACAACUAGUACUGUUCUUGUUAUUGGAGAGCUGCUCAAACAAGCAGAUUUAUAUAUUUCUGAAGGAUUACAUCCACGAUUAUUAACAGAAGGUUUUGAUCUCGCAAGAGCCAAAACUUUGGAAGUGUUAGAUUCUUUGAAAAUUCCAGUUGAACCAACUAAAGAAGGAUUAACAGAAGUUGCUCGUACAUCUUUACGGACAAAGAUUCAUGCUAGUUUAGCAGACAAACUUACCGAUGUAUGUGUUAAUGCUGUUCUUGCUAUCAGACAAGGAGAUCCAUCCAUUGAUCUCCACAUGAUCGAAAUCAUGGAAAUGCAACAUAGAACUGCUGCUGAUACCACUUUAAUUCGUGGUAUUGUCAUGGAUCACGGUUCUAGACAUCCUGACAUGCCCAAACGACUCGAAAAUGCAUACAUUCUUACAUGCAAUGUCAGCUUGGAAUAUGAAAAAACUGAAGUAAAUAGCGGAUUCUUUUACAAGAGCGCUGAAGAACGCGAGAAAUUAGUCGCUGCUGAACGAGAAUUUAUUGAAAAUCGUGUAAAAAAAAUUAUUGAUUUGAAGAAGAAGCUUUGUGAUGGUACUAACAAGUCCUUCGUUGUAAUUAAUCAAAAAGGAAUUGACCCUCCAUCAUUAGAAGCACUUGCUAAAGAAGGAAUAAUGGCUUUGCGACGUGCAAAACGUAGGAAUAUGGAGCGUCUCACUCUUGCUUGUGGUGGAGUAGCUAUGAAUUCCGUCGAUGAUCUCCAAGAAGAAUAUCUUGGAUGGGCAGGACUUGUUUAUGAACAUGUUCUUGGAGAGAAUAAAUAUACAUUCGUUGAAUCAUGUAAAAAACCAACUUCAGUAACAAUCUUAUUGAAAGGGCCUAAUAAAUAUACUUUAGUACAACUAAAAGAUGCUGUUCGUGAUGGUCUUCGAGCAAUUAAGAAUGCUAUUGAUGAUAAAGCUGUUAUUCCUGGAGCUGGAGCAUUUGAAGUUACUGCCAGCCGUGCUCUCGCUAAAUACAAAGAAGAAGUAAAAGGGAAAUUACGUCUUGGAGUUCAAGCUUAUAGCGAUGCUCUUCUUGUCAUUCCAAAAACACUUGCAAUUAAUAGUGGCUUUGACGCUCAAUAUUCAAUUGUAAAACUUCUUGAGGAAACCGCUGCUCUUGAAGAACCUGUUGGUUUAGAUAUCAACUCUGGCGAAGCUAUUAAACCUAGCGAUGCUGGUAUUUAUGAUAAUUAUGUAGUGAAAAAACAAAUUAUCAAUUCUUGUACUGUUAUUGCAAGUAAUCUUUUGUUGGUGGAUGAAAUAAUGAGAGCCGGUCUUUCAUCUUUGAAAGGAUAAAUUAAACUACUUUGAUAUUCAUCAACCUUAAAUUAAUGAACAAUCACAUUAAUAUUUUUUGUUUAAUUAUUAUGUUGUGUCAAACACUUUGUAAUGCCUUCGCUUAAACCUAACGAAUAUCUCUAAUACUAUAAAAUAAAGCACAUAUUACAUUUUCA